AUGAAAGAGAGAGAGUGGGCAGCGGAUAAAACUGCAGGCAGGACCAUGAGCUGCACACUUGUGACUGCAUCCUACGACUCACUGCCUGCCCAGCUGAGCCCCCGUCGAGUCAAGGACCAUCACUUUGCUCGAAGGCUUUCAUCUCCGAGGGGCUUGGUAGCCCAAAGCCUUCUUUCCGUGCCUCGUCGACCCUCGGCUCUGCCCGGAUAUUCAUCUUCUUUUUUACAGAAGCAGAACGACCUCAACAAUCAUCAUCAGCAGAAGCGCCUCUCCUUGUCGCUGGAAUCUGAAGCCUCGCUGGCGCCUCAUGUGCCUCAAGCAGACACGGCAGCACUAUGCUGCCAACCGGUCGGCAUCGUGCCACUGCUGCGCCUAGUACUGCUCAUCUUCAGCUGCCUUUUCUGGGCUGCUGGGUUGGCGAUCUUCACCCUAGGUGUCUGGGCACAAGUGUCCCUGGCCGACUACAUGCUUCUUUCAUCUAACCACUAUCCAAACGCCCCGGUGAUACUUAUAGCUACAGGGGCUGCUGUCACUACCUGGGGUUUUCUGGGGUGCCUUGGGGUGGCAGCCAACCUGCCCUGUCUUCUCCGUACCUACGGCUUCUUCCAGCUUGCUGUGCUGUUGGGGGGCUUGGCCGCUGGUCUUUCAGGUCUUUUCUACAGGGAAGACAUUGCUGCAGGUUUCCGCAGUGGCUUACAAAGAGCAGUAGAGAGCUACGGGGAAGAUGACGGUCGAACGAAUGCUCUGGAUGGUCUUCAGACGGCAUUAAAGUGUUGCGGCGCAGAAGGCUGGAAUGACUGGUUCUUGUCUGAGUGGGCCACCCAGGAUGCUGUUUCACUUAUAGGCAUAUUAGGGAAUGACACAUAUUUAGUGUCAGUACCGGACAGUUGCUGCAUUCGGCGCAAAGCCUGUCGCAACAGGCCACUUCCAGAUGGAGGAACUGGCAGUAUUGAACACUUGGGGAUUCACCCGGACGGCUGCUUUGGAAAAGUUUUCAGUUUGGUCAAUGAUAAUAUCUUUCACAUUGCUGCUUCUGUGCUAGCUCUUGCUUUUACCCAGGUCGCUGGGAUCACACUAGCAUGUCUGCUUGCCAAUCACCUGGAUUCUCAUCCUCACAGGCAAGUUUCCUAG